AUGUUGGCGAAGGGAGAUUUCCAGCUCGUGUUGCAGCUGGAGCGAAAUAACACCAGCAUUGGCGGUGCUGCGCAUGCUGAUGUCGCCAGCCAAGAAAGCCUACGCGAAGAGUGGCGAGGCGGCAGGUUCUACGUGGUGGGACCUGACCUCGAGGAGCACACACUCAAGCUCGUUAUCAACCACAAGCCCUCCACCCCUGCCAACGUCUCUGACCCUCAGCUCCCCACCGAGGUCGAAAUAUUCGUCGGCGGCCAGAAAAAUGCAUCGAAUCCGUUGCUGUGGCCGUCGGCCCACCUGGCCAUGGCCGGCCUCAGCUUCGCCGCCGUUGAGGACCUCCACGACCACCACCAGCAGACCUACGCGGGCGAGGGCAGCGGCGCGCGGGAGAUGAGGUUCGAGGUGCGGUUCUAUCGGGUGAUCGCCCUGCGCGAGGUGCAGGUGCAGGUCGAGGGCGACUACCAGACGCUCUACCAGACCGAGCGCAUGGUCGAACCCGACGUCGUUAUGGACAUGACCUAUGUCGGCGUCGCCACCACACCCACCACCAACACGUUCGACCCAUCAUCGUCAUUGCCAUCGUCAUCGGCGUCGACGUCAUCCAACUCUCAGGAUUCACCACUUACACCUUCUCCCGGCUUCUCAUCAUCAUCUUCUGUCUCUUCUUCUUCUUCCACCUCAUCAUCAUCUUCUGCGCGCGACUCGCAAGCCACGUCGACGGCUUCGCAAUUUUCUUCGCAGCCGUCAUCGCUCUCCUCGAUGACCCCGCCCACGCCCUUCACCAUCCCGCACUCGGCCUACAUCGGCGACAGCCAAGCCUCGGCGGCCGACUUUUCGCUUGGCUCCCUGCCCGCCGAGUUCGCCCUCACGCCCACGCCCAGGGAGCACCACCCAGCGCUGGCAUCGACGAUGGACUUCGAGGCCGAGCCGCAAAGCCUUAAGCGCAAGCGAUCGCAAGAGGAAUCAGGCACGCUGCUGCCCACGUCGCCCAACGCCUCGCAGGCCGAGCGCAAGCGCAAGCCCGACGACACUUCUGACGGCGCUGCCGAUGCCGGCGCGUCGACCUUCGCGCUGGUGUUGGCGCACCAGCAGGCGGCCUCGCCGUUGCUCUCGCUCGCCACGCCGCUCCUGGUGUUCCUGCUGUCGCACUACCUGGACUACCCGCUGGGCUACCUCGACCUCCUGGCCCUGGCCCAGUCGUGCAAGCAGCUGCACCACCUCCUGCUGGCCUCGCCCGCCACGCCGCUGGUCUGGUCCGCCGUCCACUCGUACGACUUCUCGCCCGUCGGCAAGCACGCCACCAAGGACCGCAUCGCCGAGAUUCUCUUCCGCUGCCGAGGUUAUCAAGAAGACAGUAAUGCACAGACGCGCGAGCUGCUGCGGUCGUCCCCGCUUCUCGCGGGACUGGAACAGCGCGGCCGAGUUCGUUCGCUCAACCUCUCCUACUGCACGCUCCUCUCGCUCGUCGACAUCAAGCGCCUCGUCGAGAUGUGCGGCCCUCCGCCCAAGCCCAAGGCCCUCGUUGCCGACGACCAGGAGGACGCGAUGGACCAGCAGCACACGCCGCCCAAGCCCGGCAGCGACGCCGACCUGGCCCUCGCCGACCAGCACCUGGAGACCCUGAAGCUCAUGGAGCUCGACACGAUCCGCAACCUGGCCUUCCUCCACAGCCUCUACUACGCGUGGGCGCCCUAUCUGCGCGUUCUCGAGGUCAAGAACUGCGCCGGACUCGACUCGUCGGACGGCGUGCCGGCCCUGCUCGAUGCCGCGGCCACGGCCUCGGCCCCGGUCUCGCCCUGCCCCACGCCCGCGCCCUCGCCCCUGCCCUGGGGCCGCACUGGCCCCGCAGCCGCUGGAAUGCGAGGCACGCCACAGCGGUCAGGAGCGGCGGCGCCCGUGCCCCGGGGCGGCCGCGGCGCGAUGUCGACGCCGACAUUCGUCGUAACCCCCUCGAGACACGUUAACACCACAAGCAGCCGCGACAGCCCCGUAGCUGUGGGGCGAGGGCGCGGCAGCGGGCCUUCGCCCUCGCAGCGCGCGCUCUUCUCGUCGCCGCCCCAUUCGGCCUUGCGCCAGCCGACCGCUUCGGCGUCCCUCCUCUCCCCACCCAGGUCCACCGCGCGGCCCGCCUCCUCCGCGCCGACCUCGCCCUACGCCACCCCGCCGCGCUCCGGCCUCCACCUCCAAUCGGGCGGCAGCGGCGCGCGGUCGGCCCCGACCUCGCCGCACCGCUCGCCGCCGGGCUCGCCGUACUCGGCCCUGCUCGCGGCGCUGCCGCCCAGCCUCCACCUGCGCGAGGUCUCGCUGCUCAAGUGCGCCCCACCCGAGCACUGCAUCGUGCAGCUGGUCACGGCCCUGCCCAACCUCGAGUCGCUCGACCUGUGGGGCUGCCGGGUCACGGACCGGGUGGUCGAGGUGCUGUCGGUCCACUGCCCCAAGCUGCGCCGGCUCUCGCUGGCCGAGAACCCGAUGCUCACCGACCGCGCGCUCGCGCUGAUCAACCCGGCCUCGUUCCCCGACCUCGCCGCCCUCGUCCUGCGGCGCUGCACCGAGCUGACCUCCGCCGCCGUCGCCUCCCUCGCGAUGACGUGGCAGGCCGUGACUGGCGGAACUGGUGACGGCGACGAUGACGACUACUUCAAGCAGGAGAUGGCGGCCGAGGCCGAGGCCGACAACGGCGAUGGCUGGUGGCCUGUGCCGCCGCCGGCCAACUCCGCCACAGUCGCACGCAAGCGGGGCAUCGAGGAGCUGGACCUGUGGGGCGUCAACGUGUACGACCACGCGCUGGUGGCAAUCGCCGCGAGCUGCCCGCACCUCACCAAGCUCUGGCUCGGCGAGACCGCCGUCAGCGACGAGGGCCUCCACGCUCUCGCCCAGAGCUGUACCGAGCUGCAGGAGAUCAGCUUGCGGCGGUGCAUCAACGGCGUCACCGACGCGGGCAUCGUCCCGGUCCUGCAGGCCAACCCGGCCCUCACCAAAAUCGACCUCUGGGGGGUGCGGCGGGUGACCGACGCCACGGUGGCGGCGAUCGCGCAGCGGCGACCAUCAUCGACAGCGGCGGGGGUCAAGUCGCUCGAGCUGGCCGAGUCCGAUAUCACCGACGCCGCGCUGUUCGACCUCGCGCGCGGCUGCCGGUGGCUCGAGGAGCUCUCCCUGCGCCGCUGCCUCAACAUCACCGACGCCGGCGUCGCCGCGCUGGCCCAGGGCUGCCCCCACAUCAAGACCCUCGACCUGUGGGAGUGCGGUCGGGUGACUGACGCGGGGCUCGAGGCCGUCGCCGCCGGCCUGCCGCAGCUCCACGCGCUCGAGGUCACCGAGCUGCCCAUCACCACCCGGUCCCUGGUGGCCCUCGCCAGCCACUGCCCCAAGCUCACCCACCUGGCGUUGCGUCGGUGCGGCAUGAUCGACGACGCGGCCCUGGCGGCGUUCUUCGCGGCGCUGCCCACGGAGCUCCGGCGCAAGCGGCUGCGCACGCUCGACAUCUCCUACUGUCCGCGCCUCACGCCGGCCGCCCUGGCCAUGCUCGCCUCCAAUCCUGCCCAACUGCCGCACACGCUCGAGCUUUACGACUGUCCGCAGCUGGGCAAGCAGCACAUCGCGCGCUUCCUCGCCAGCGUGCCCGAGAACCGCACCCGCGUCGAGUGCCAUGACUACAAGAGCAUGACUGUCAAGGAGCUCAAGGCGCUGUGCGAGUCGUUCGAGUGCUCGACGUCGUGCCCCACGGUCUACGCGAGUGUGGUGUGCACGGUGAACGAGAUCCGAACUUCGGGCAUGUGGUACCCCGCCUGUCCCUGGCCCAAGUGCCACAAAAAGGUGGAAGAAUAUCAUGGCGGCGACGAGGGGUACGACGGGGAAGAAGAGGGCCAGCAGCACCACCAGAAGCGGUGGUACUGCAAGACGUGCAAUCGGGUGUACGCGGGGCGCUACGUCAACCGGUACAUGGCGAGCCUCCGCAUCGUGGACCACACGGGCGACCUCUGGCUGCGCGCCUUCGACGAGGCCGCGGCCCCGCUCCUCGGCACCUCCGCCCAGGAGCUCUCCCAGCUCAAGGACUUUGACGAGACGCUGUUCGUGGACAAGGUGAAGGAGGCGCAGCUGCAGCGGCACGAGAUGCGGGUGAAGGUGGUGCAGGAGACCUACCAGGGCCGCCGCUCGGGCAAGCCCUUCCUCCUCUACCACCUCCCGCUCGCCGACGUCGCCGCGCCCCAGGCCGCCGCCCUCGCCCAGCGCAUCGACACCUAUCUCUGGCUCGACUUUGUCUGA